AUGUUAUUCUGCAAAAGUGAGCAGUUAGCAUUUGCUUUUUGCUUAUAUCUUAUACAGCCAGGUCACCUGGUGUAUGAACUACAACAGCCAGGUCACCUGGUGUAUGAACUACAACAGCCAGGUCACCUGGUGUAUGAACUACAACAGUCAGGUCACCUGGUGUGUGAACUACAACAGCCAGGUCACCUGGUAUAUGAACUACAACAGUCAGGUCACCUGGUGUAUGAACUACAACAGCCAGGUCACCUGGUGUAUGAACUACAACAGCCAGGUCACCUGGUGUAUGAACUACAACAGCCAGGUCACCUGGUGUAUGAACUACAACAGCCAGGUCACCUGGUGUAUGAACUACAACAGUCAGGUCACCUGGUGUAUGAACUACAACAGCCAGGUCACCUGGUGUAUGAACUACAACAGCCAGGUCACCUGGUGUAUGAACUACAACAGCCAGGUCACCUGGUGUAUGAACUACAACAGCCAGGUCACCUGGUGUAUGAACUACAACAGCCAGGUCACCUGGUGCAUGAACUACAGCAGCCAGGUCACCUGGUGUAUGAACUACAACAGCCAGGUCACCUGGUGUAUGAACUACAACAGCCAGGUCACCUGGUGUAUGAACUACAACAGUCAGGUCACCUGGUGUAUGAACUACAACAGCCAGGUCACCUGGUAUAUGAACUACAACAGUCAGGUCACCUGGUGUAUGAACUACAACAGCCAGGUCACCUGGUGUAUGAACUACAACAGUCAGGUCACCUGGUGUAUGAACUACAACAGCCAGGUCACCUGGUGUAUGAACUACAACAGCCAGGUCACCUGGUGUAUGAACUACAACAGUCAGGUCACCUGGUGUAUGAACUACAACAGCCUUCGUCUACCUCCAUGUAA